ACCCUCUCUCUAGGUUCAAUUCUUGCUAAAAUACGCGCCUUUCAUCAUCUUUAUAAGCGUGUUACGUUUAUCCUCACCCACCCAUCGUCUUCUAGUGCUGCUUUCUCGCUCUCGAAAGGCUUGAGAGAGAAAAUGGGAUUUCUCCGAUGUCCCUUGUCUUGCCAUAGAGAGAAAGAAUCUCAAUCUCGAGCUCAAGCUCAAGCUCAAGCUCAAGCUCAAGCACAAGCACAUCACCUUCACUCAGAUUCUUCAUGCCUUCAUUCAGAAUCAUCAAACUCUCUCGCUUCUCAACCAAGUCUACCAUCUGUUCCUUCUCUCACCUCCCAAUCCCGACGGCAUGACCAAGCCAUCACCACCCACCACCACUGCAUUUCCACUCUCAAAGGCCACUCCUCCUAUGUCUUCUCCCUCGCCCUCGCCGGAAAAUUCCUCUACAGUGGCUCUUCCGACAAGGAGAUUCGGAUAUGGAGCAGAGAUCCUUCGAGGCUAGAGACUUCUAACGACAACGGGGUAGCUCUAGGCAACGGUGCGGUGAAGUCCCUGGUGGUUUUGGGAGAUAAACUAUUCAGUGCCCACCAAGAUCAAAAAAUUAGAGUGUGGAAAGUCGACAACGAUUCUCCUCACCAAAAAUACAAGUGCAUGGCCACACUCCCAACGCUGAGUGAUCGUGCCUUGAAACUCUUUUCAGCCAGUAACUAUGUACAGGUGCGUAGGCACAAGAAAUGCACAUGGGUUCAUCACGUUGACACCAUAUCUGCAUUAGCCUUGUCAGAAGAUGGCUCUCUCCUAUACUCCGCUUCCUGGGAUCGAACGUUCAAAAUUUGGAAAACCACCGACUUCAGAUGUCUGGAGUCAGCGGAAAAGGCACAUGAUGACGCGAUCAAUGCACUAGUGCUGUCCACCGAUGGGAUUGUUUACACUGGUUCCGCUGACAGGAAAAUCAAGGUGUGGAAGAAGCAUGAAGGAGAGAAGAAGCAUAGGCUUGUGGCUACACUAGAGAAACACAAGUCAGCUGUUAAUGCCUUAGCUCUUAGCCCUGAUGGAUCAGUGUUGUAUUCAGGUGCAUGUGAUCGAUCGAUUAUUGUAUGGGAAAAAGAUACUAGUUCCAGUGGUGGGCACAUGGUGGUUGCUGGUGCACUUAGAGGGCACACCAAGGCCAUUUUAUGCCUGGCCGUUGUGUCGGAUUUGGUGUUCAGUGGAUCGGCCGAUAAGACAGUUAGGGUUUGGAAGAAGGGACUUCAGAGGAGCUAUUCUUGUUUGGCCGUCUUUGAAGGACACAGAGGCCCAGUUAAGUGUUUGACUGCUGCCGUUGACAAUUACAAUGGCAGAAGCAAUUCCGACGAUGAUGCUGCUUAUCUUAUUUACAGUGGUAGUUUGGAUUGUGAAAUUAAAGUCUGGCAAUUAAGGAUUCAGUGUGUUUGAUAUAUGCCAUUUUCCUUUUUGUACAUAGCUUAAGAAAAUUAGUAUAGGAUUUUGAGAUAUGUUAGUUUUAAUGGUUUCUUGACUGUAAAGUCUGGAAAUCCAAAGAUCGUGAUGAUUUGAUACUCUGGAUUUUGAAGGGAACUUUCCUUGAUCUUUUGUGUGAA